GUGUCAAUCAUGUGUUAAUCACUGACUUAAACUUUGUUAAGUCGUUGGUUUUCCUGGCUGAUUCAGGCAACCAAUUUCAUUCUCUAAUGGUGCUAGGGAAGAAGGAGCACUUGUACUAGUUUUUUUCUAGCAGUCCAUUCAUAGCUCAACGGAUUUCACAGUCUGGAGGUCUGAAUAAUGAAUUUUACUUUAUAGUAUAGCAGUAUGCCUAGAAAUGUGGAGAUCAAAGCCAGGGUCAGCAAUUUGAAAGAGAUGACUGACAAGGCACAAGUCCUAGCCAAUGAUGUCGGCACUGUCAUUCAGCAGGAAGAUACAUUUUUCAAAGUACCCAAUGGGAGACUAAAGCUAAGAAAAUUGGAUAAUGAACCAGGCGUGCUCAUCCAAUACGAUAGAGAUGAUCAACUUGGGCCAAAGCUUUCUAAUUUUAACAUAGCACGAGUUGAAGAUGUUGAAGCUAUGAAGACCGUAUUGUCAGCAGCUUUGGGAGUUCGUGGAACAGUAAAGAAAUCUCGCCAAUUGAUCAUCUUUGAGCAAACUAAAAUACACCUUGACCAGGUGGAGGGUCUUGGAGAAUUUAUUGAACUGGAGGUAAUUCUUCGUGAUGACCAGACUGAAGAGGAGGGGCAUCUAAUUGUGAGAGACAUCAUGAAGACCCUGGGAAUCAGCAAUGAUGACCUUCUGGACUGUGCAUACAUGGAUAUGCUUUCUAAUGCCUGACAAAAACCUGCAUUUCUUUUUUUUUAAAACUAGAAUAAAUCUUGUGUUUCUAACAGA